AAUAAUUGUGAAUUUACGAUAUGGAACUUUAUGAAACAAAAAUCAUAGAUCUUGACGAUGAAACUACGUUAAAUACAAAAGGGGAUUUAUGGAAACCCAACAAAAAUUCCAGAGCAUCUCUGGAACAUCAUGGAUACAAGUUUAAAGACACGAUAGCGUGUUGUGAGUUCUCAAAAUUAAAAUGUGCACAUCUGAAAAAAGAAAACAUCGAUGUAGCAGUGAAGGUUAUCAAGAAGCGGAAGCUUUCCAAAGAUGUGUUGGAAAAUUUUAUUCCCAGGGAAAUAGCCAUUCUUCAAAAGGUUCAACAUCCUGGUAUUGUUGAACUUUUUGCUGUAUACGAGUCCCCAGCUUGUUUUUAUCUCGUCAUGGAGCUGCUACCCAGAGGGGACCUCUUGGAAUUCGUCUCCGGUUUGGGCCAUCUGACGGAGCCAGACGCUAGACGGUUCUUCCAUCAGCUGUUGGAUAUUGUUGCUUAUCUUCACGAAAGCAACAUUUGUCAUCGAGACAUCAAAUUAGAAAAUCUCAUGCUGGAUUCUUGUUUUAAUCUCAAACUUAUUGAUUUUGGUUUUGCGCAAUACAUGAAAAAUGCCGAACAGCUCACCACGGCAUCUGGUUCAUACGUGUACGCAGCACCGGAAGUGAUGGAUGGGGAACCUUACAAUGGAGUUCUGGCCGAUAUCUGGAGCAUGGGUGUCUGUCUGUAUGCCAUGCUGUGUGGUAAGCUCCCAUUCAGAGAUGAUGAUGUUGAUGUUUUGCGGCAGUGCGUCAAAGACAGGCUUUACUUCCAUAGACACGUAUCAAAAGGUUGUAGACUCUUACUGCGAAAAAUGUUGAGUUACGAAGCAGACAAUAGGCCAUCCAUACACAACAUCAGAAAAUCUGACUGGAUGUGUAAACCAAUACAUGAUGCUGGGAAGUCAUCAGUAUCUUCUAUGUCCGUUGCAGCAGCAACAUCCGACUUAUGUCCAAACGUCACAAUAGACCCAAAUGCUGAACAUGGAUACUCUUGUAACCAGAAAGACAAGAGAUUCAAAUCCAAUAAAGUCUCAGAUGUGCUGCGAUGUGUCACAGAAAACCAUAGUUCUGGAACCAGCACAGUAGACCUGAAGGCCAUUCCUGCAAUUCAGCCUGCCUCUGUAGCAGCCAUCACAGGAGUCGCUGGUCCGGUUGGAAGAAAGAUUAGUCAACAACUUGGCCUCAAUAUUGCUACAAAGGACAAAGAGAUUGCAAAAUCUGGGGAAGCUAAAGCAGGUUUCAGUAAAGCUAUGAAAGCCAUGAAAACUUUUAAAUGUGCAACAACUGUUAUCAGAGCCACUGGACGUUUCCGGAAAGGACCACUGAACACCAUCCUAAAAAUCCCUCAGGAGGAGGCUAUGGCCAAAAUAAUAGAAGAAAAACAUAAACAGCUAGACUCUGAAACCAAGGAACUCCACAGGUGUGCCAGUGGUCGCCUGGCAACACAUUUGAAGAGCAUCCUACAGGAGGAGAAUCUAUCAAAGAGGAAAAGCCAGCUUCAAAUGGAACAUGCUAAACAAACACACGAUGAGAGAGCAUCCCAACUUCGUCACACCGUUCUUCACUUGAUGCCAAAUGUGAAGUAAUUCCAAAACAUUUCUUCCUCAAAAUAUAAUUAUAUCCAUUUAAUGAAUAGCCUAUUUGUAAAUCCCUAAAAUUUUGUAAAUCUUGCAUCCCCACCCUCCAAAUUAAUUUCAAUAUGUUGUUGCAAAUAAAAAAAGAAAGCAAA